AUGAAGUUCUGUGUGGCCGUCCUCUCUCUCCUCAUGCUAGUGGCUGCCUUCUUCUCUCCAGCCAUUUCAGCAGCAUCAAUGGGCUCAGACCCACCUACUUUGUGCUGCUUCUCCUACACCCAGCGGAAGAUUCCUCAAAAUUUUGUGGUUGAUUACUACGAGACCAGCAGCCUCUGCUCCCAGCCAGCUGUGGUAUUCCAAACCAAAAGGGCCAGGCAAAUCUGUAGCAACCCCAGUGAACCCUGGGUCCAGGAGUACAUGGAAUAUCUGGAGCUGAACUGA